ACAACCUUUGCUGCUCGGAGCAAAGGUGGACGAAGCAAUCAGGAGAAAGGAAAGGAGAGCUGAAAAGCGGAGGGGAGGAGGAGAAGGAGGAAGACGGAGCUAGUAUACUAGCUAGCUCACACUCUCUACAGUCUACAGUACCAUUGGCACCAUACUUGAGAGUUGAGACUUAAUUUGAGAGCGACCUCCCGCCCGAGCUCUCUUUUAUAACUCACCUUCUUCUUCCCCGGCAAGGCCAUAUAUACUCCUCGCCACAUUUGUCGUCGUCUUCACUUCGUUCUCUCAGGAACGGCUGCACCGUUGAGCUCAGCUAGCUCCUUUGCGCGGCAGCUCGGGUGUCAUGGCGAGGCGGACGAGCGGCCCCAAGAAGAAGUUGAGGAGAGGCCUCUGGUCGCCCGAGGAGGAUGGCAAGCUGAUGAACCACAUUGCCAAGUAUGGCCAUGGCUGUUGGAGUUCUGUCCCCAAGAUAGCAGGACUCGAGAGGUGUGGGAAGAGCUGCAGGCUGAGGUGGAUCAACUACCUCAAGCCGGGCCUCAAGAGGGGCGCAUUCUCGCAGGAAGAGGAAGACCUCGUCAUAUAUCUCCAUUCCAUGCUGGGCAACAAGUGGUCUCAGAUUGCCGCGCAGCUGCCGGGGCGGACGGACAACGAGGUCAAGAAUUUCUGGAACUCGCACAUCAAGAAGAAGCUCCGCCAGCGCGGCAUCGACCCGGCCACACACAAGCCGCUGGCAGAAGCCAGCAGCGGCCGCGGCGCCGCCACAGCAGCCAGCCGCACGGCCGUGUUCAGCGACGCCGAGCUCAUCCUGUCCUCCGCGGGCCAGCACAUGCCGCCGCCACUGACGGCGGAAAGCUACGUGUAUAGCCGCAGCAGCGCCGACGGCGGCGCGAGCACGCACGGCGGAGGGGUCAGCGGCGCCUGCAGCGACGGAUCCAUGUGGCUGUCGGGGUACAACCAGACCGCAGACUUCGCUGCAGGCUACAUGGACCCAGACGCGCUUCACUUCGGCCCCUCCGGUGUCCCGGCGGUCGUUCUCCCGUCGGUGUCGAGCUCCAGCACGCUGAACUCGAUGGCUGGCCUAAGCCCCGCGGCCACCACCACUACCACGGCUACAGACGAACAGUGCAACGCCAACAGCAGCAGCAACGGGUUCGAGUCGACGCUGAGCUGCAGUGCCACGCCCACCAUCCAUCUGCCGUGGCUGGAGCUGGGCACGAGUAGUAGCUGCGCCGCCGCCGGUGUCGACCACUACGGCGCGGCGCUGGACGAGCUCAAGUGGUCCGACUACGUGUUCGACAGCUACGGUGGGCAGUACCAGCAGGGACAGUGCAUCUACGGCGACAGCAAGGACGCCGUGCAGUUCGACGCGCACGGGCUCGGUAGCUGGUGCUUGAAUUGAGCCAGCGCACACGGCGGCGCGAGCCAUUAAUCACCCCGGCCGUGCUGAUCAGCUCGACAAUUAAUUAUACGUGUGCAUGUUCUCGUACGUACGUACGUACGUAUUGAUAGCUAAUGUUUGGCGAGGUUUUGGUUUGUAAAUUUCUUCUUCGAUUCUUGUGGAUGAUCGGGCUUGCGUUGCGUGUUAAUUUGCCGGUUUCGACAUGUAAAGUGCAUACGGUGAUGGUGAUAACGAAACAGAAAGGUAUAUAGAUACAUAUAUGAUGAGAGAGGUGUUUACUUAAAUUGCAAAUAAAGAGUGGUGAUUGGUCGGUAA